AUGAAACAUAAAACCGAUGCAGCCAUUAAAAAGCAGAAGAAGUCGAUCGCUGGGGGCCAGCCUUGCCAGCGAUGUCGGCAAUCUGGCGUUCCUACCGAGUGUCACUAUGUGAAUCGAGAUCGGCAGGUCAAAGUACAUGAAAGGUACGACCCACGUAGCUUAUUUCUGUGCAGGGCUGACGAUCCUAGUUACAUCGAGGAACUUGCAGCAGAGAACCAGCGUUUACGUGACCAAUUAUCUCAAUCACCCGGAUAUCUCACACCCAGGGGUAAUCCCCCAGCUCAAGACAUCCCCGAACCAGCAGACAGACACGUUCAGAAUCCAAUGCUCGAUGAAAGAGCAUGGUUUCAACCGUAUGACCCAUCAUUACCACCGAUCCAUGUCUGUGAAGCAGCAUGUACAGCAUUUGCAACCAGGAUUCGCAGAGUCCUCACAAAGAGCGAGAAUACCUCACAUAUUGCUCGAACACAGUAUACAGGAGAGUCGACCUUGAUGAGCAUGCGCGAUCCAGCCAUCAUAUGGCCAAGUCUUGCUCAAGCUCGACUACUGAUCCAGGUCGUUUUCAGCCAGGUCACCCGUGUCUACCAUGUAGUGCUUCGGAAAUCGACCCUUGACCAGCUCGAAGAUGCUUAUAGGAAAGUUGAUUUUGAUGAUCCCGUGCUGACAUGCAAGUUCUUUGCCUUGUUUGCUCUUGGAGAGGUAUACUCGACGCGAUCGAAUUCAAGUCUUGAGUGCAAAGUCCCUGGUGUGGCUUAUUACGUCAAUGCCAUUAUGUUGAUACCCAUUCUGCCUGAGCGUCCGAGCUUGGCCCAUAUUGAAUCUCUUCUGCUUUUGUCUCUUUAUUCGUUUUUCUUAAACAGACGACACUCGGCUUUUCUACUAGUUGGGAGUGCCAUGCGCUUGGGAUUAACUCUCGGUCUCAACCAUGAUAUCCCUGAAUGCAAGUGCCCCAAUCCUGUGGAUCGGCAACAUCGAAUAAGGCUGUGGUGGGCAAUUUAUGUGUUUGACCGGAUGUACGGGUCGAAAGUCGGCUGGCCAAUCCAAAUUGCCGAUGAUGAUAUAUACGUCGAGAUGCCUUCCAAUGUGCCUGGCGACAUUCAUGAUGAUCAUACCCCGGAUACAGAGUUUUUGGUCGCGAGCAUUGAACUGGCCAAAAUCACCGGGCAAGUGAUAGACCAAAUCUAUAGUCGCAAGAAGUUUGCAGAUUCAUUUCUGCAGCGGGAGCAAAAACUCCUCAUUGCACUCAAGCAGUGGUGCUUGGCCCUACCUCUACAGAUACGACUUCAUCGGGACGGCCCACCUGCAAAGAAUGUGGCCUCCUUGCAUUUGCAGUUCAACCAGUGCAUUAUGUUAGCAAGUCGCCCGGUACUUCUCCACGCUCUGAUUCAAUCCAAGUGCUCGAACGCGGAAGAAAACGACUCCAAUGCCAUCCGACAAACUCUCAGAACACUAAGUGAGGCAUGCAUACAUGCUGCAAGGCACUCCCACUCGUUGAUAAUGGAGGAAUGGAUCAACGGGUCGCUCCCGAUCUUCGGGUAUUUCUAUGCACACUAUCUCUUCUCAUCAGCCUUGGUCAUGGUCGUUUCCAGUCAAGUAUAUCCCGAGAACAGCAAUGACUUUGCCUUGUUUGAGGCAGCAUUUGAGAUUCUUCGAUCGAUGAGCGAUCAUGGAAAUCUCGCUGCGGCCGAGUUUUAUGAUAACUUGGAAUGUGUCAAGCGGUGUUUGAACCAAAGCAACCAACCAGAAGCGGGAGCUCCGCAACAAGUUGGAUCUGUCCGCGUCACAGACAACUCAAACGAGCCUCUCCCGAUGAUAGCUUCGCAUCAGUUGGGGACAUUCAGGAAUAGCAGUGUCUCCUGUGUCCCGGAUACAACAGCCGGAAACCUGACCAAUGAUAUGACGUUCCUUGGUGAAAGCAUGGAAGAGUUUUUGGCACAACCUGACAUCGACUUUGACUUGAGUGACCCAUCUAUCACUGGUGAUGUAUAUUCGUGGCCGAAUCUUUCAUUAUGGACAGGAUGA